AUGCCACCUCAGAUUCGUGGGAUGAUGCCUUUGAUCAUCGACCCGAUUGUUUUGGUGACUGGAGCUUCCGGUUAUAUUGCUUCCCAUUGUGUUAAGUUGCUGCUGAAUGAAGGCUACCGAGUAAGGGGAACGGUGCGAAGUUUGAAAAACGAGAAAAAAGUGACGCCAGUGCGACAACUUCAACAAGACGAUCGCUUGGAGCUGGUGGAAGCCGAUUUGUUGAAGCCAGACAACUGGCCAAGGGUUGUCUCCGGUUGUCACUACAUUUUGCAUAUUGCAUCGCCUUUUCCUAUCGUGGCAGAUGCCAGUUGCAUCGAUAUCGCUGUCAAUGGAACACUGAAUGUCCUCAGAGCAGCUUCCAAAGACUCAUCCGUUAAAAAAGUUGUGCUGACAAGUAGUUGUGCUGCUGUUAACGAAGGUCAUCCUCAAGAUAAAGUUUUUGACGAAACAUCAUGGACUGAUGUCACCAGCCCAUCUGUGGAGUACUACGCUAAGAGUAAAACCCUGGCAGAAAAAGCGGCGUGGAAUUUUGUCGAUCAUAUCAAGGAUGGGAACAAGUUUGCGCUGACAUGUUUGAAUCCGACGAUGGUAGUUGGGCCUCUCCUUAUCAACGAAGAAGGGGCAAGCAUUACGCUGGUACGACGUUUCCUCAACACUGAGAUGCCGGCCGUACCAGAGCUUAACCUCGCCUUUGUUGAUGUUCGCGACGUCGCCAAAGCGCAUAUCGAAGCCAUGUGUCGUCCUGAAACCGACGGUGAACGUAUACUGAUCACCAGCCAGCCAUCAUUUUGGUUCCGUGAUAUUGCAAGAGUACUUGGUAAAGAAUUCAGGCAUCAAGGAUUUUGGGUGCCUCGAUAUCAAGUGCCGUACUGUGCCCUAUGGGUAUACUCGUUCUUUGACAAGGAGGCUUCGGCAUGUUUGAACCGAGUUGGACACACUAUUCGAUUCGACAAUUCCAAGGCCAAACGCCUUCUCGGCAUUGAAUUUCGGGAUCCUGCCGAAUCGCUUGUCGAAAUGGGUUACUCACUCGUCGAGAGAGGAAUCGUCAAGAAGCGAUCAGGUUAUCAAGGGGUCCCCAGCAAAUACAAACAAUAG